CACAAAGCAACACUUGGAUUCCGAGCUGACUCGAUCGAGGUCGUCUUCCUACCCGGGCAUCAAGCAUUUCUCUCUUCCACCCUUAUCUUUCUCAGUGUGGGUUUGAGUGAUGGAGAUCCAUUGUGAAUCGGAGACUGGAGAUCCUGUAUCGGAGACCCACACGGCCUUCUGCUCAACGGAGACCCUUAACUCCUUUAACUCCAUAGGAGACCCGCACAAGUCUCCAAUUCUCAAGAUGGAGACCCAGGUCUGCAUAGGAUGAUGGGAGGCCCCGUGGGAAUCGAUCUACAUCCAUAGUUCAAUUUUCAGCCAAAAAAAUUUGCCAAGGCAUAGGAGAAUACAAAGGAGGAGCAGAAAAUGGUGAAAGUGUCCACCUACUUCGCAAUGUCACUUGGAGCUUUCUUAUUCUGGGAAUCUAUGGAUAAGCUUCACGUUUGGAUUGCUCUACAUCAAGAUGAAAAGGUGAAAUUCCUCACAUUUGGACUCAACAAGAUAAGAGGAAAUUUUUUGUGGAGGAAGAUGGUAUGACCGAGAAGGCCGACUGGUGAACUUGAGGAUGAGUUGCCGCAAGGCGAUGUGAACUCCGCCAUGCCCAGGGCAUUAAAUUGGAUGACAGAGUUCCUUUAACAGGAUUUUCGGCCGCCAUAAGGAGAUUAGAAUAGGGUGGUCUGAGCCGGGAGCACCUAUGAGUACUUUUUAGCGCAUAUGACCCGUCUUCACGGUUGAAGAGGAUUAACUUUGGGCUGGGAGGUGGAUUGAAGAUAUAGAAAGGACAUUCGAAGUUUGUGGUUGCAUGGACGCCCAGAAGGUGUUGUAUGUGAGUUAGCCGUUGCAAGGUGAAGCAGCUGCUCGGUGGAAGACCAAGCAGGAACUCUUGGGAAUUGAGUUGGGAUCGUUUGUAGCUGUGUCUUGGCAGCGCUUCAAGAAAGAGUUCGAUGACCAUUUCUUCCCUGUUUCUGUGAGGCGACAGAAAGCAUGGGAAUUCAAUAACUUGGUUCUAGGAGCUAUGACUGUCAAGCAGUAUGCCCGGAAGUUUAUGGAGGUCGGGCGAUUUGCAACCCAUCUAAUAGCCACUGAGGAGAUGCGCGCAGAACAUUUUCAAGAAGGGUUGCGCCAACAGAUUUGUAAACAGGUUGCUUGCUUGCAAAUCCAAAAUUUUCAGAGGUUGGUCGAGUUGGCCACUAUUGUUGAGUGAGAAAAUAGUUUUGAGGUAGGCUCCUCUUCGGGUAAGAAGAGGCAGAAUUUUGCUAGAGAAUGAAGUAGUUCCAGGUCGCCAUAAAAGACAAGAAUUUUUGGUGCUCCUCUAAGAAACGAUGCCAUAAAAAAAACAAGGGGAUGGAAGACAAGGUUUUUUGGUGCUCCUCUCAGGCUUAAAUUUUUUUUCAGCAUUCUUUGACAUUGUGUAUUCCACCCUUUAAUCAAGGGGAUGGAAGACAAGAUUUUUUGGUGCCCCUCUAAGAAACGAAUAUUUAUAGUCCGCUCUUCAUACCAAGCCAUGACCAUGCGCAACACGAAUCCAUUCUUAUGGAAGAGCAAUUGGAAGACAAAGGCACCUCUAAAUGUAGCAUUUUUUAUAUGGACGGCUUCUUUGGAGAAGAUCCUCACCUCACUCUAGACAACUUAAAAAAACAUCGAAUCAUGAUCAUGGAUUGGUGUUAUAUGUGCAAGAAGGGCGUACAGUCCGUGGACCAUCUACUAUUUCAUUGUAAGGUUGGCAUGACUUUGUAGAAUGAAGUCUUCGCUCAGUUGGGACUAGCUUGGGUGAUGCAGAGAAGGGUAAGCAACCUCCUUGCUUCUUGGAGAGGCAUUCAGCAACUCUGAAAUUGCAUCAAUAUGUAAAAUGGUCCCGAUGUGACCAUGGUGGUGCAUUUGGAGAGAGAUGAAUGAAAGAAGCUUUGAAGAUUAAGAGCAGUCAAUGGUUGAGCUUAGAAACUUAGUUUUUAAUAAUUUAUUCCAUUGGUAGAUUGUAAUUGAUUUUUGUGGCAUGACUUUUUAUGAAUUCUUUGUACCACUAAACUAGCACUCUUAGGUGUUGCUCUUGUAUAUGUCCGGUAUACUUGGGCUUUUGUGUACUCUUUUGAUCAAUAAAAAUUUGUUUAACAAUCAAAAAACAAAUAUGGUUGCUGAUUUUUAUGUUAAUCCACAUCAUUUUUUAUUAUAGGUAACAAAUGAAUGUUUAAGCCUUAAAGAAUAUCCGCAUCAUUUUCUGCUGUAGUGAGCUUGAUUUCCUUUUUUGUUUUCAUUUUUUUUCACAGAGAGAGAGACUGGAGAAGGAAGCGGAAAUCAAGAGAGUCCGGGAGGAGCUAUUGAAACAAGCCAAACAUAGGGACUCUCUAUUGUGACCGCAUUGUGUUUUGCUGCGGGUGUUGUUUUCUCUAAAUUCCUCUCAUUAUUUUUACUUGAAUUGUCUAGGGCUGUAUGGUUAGCAAACAUAACAACAAACUUCAUCUGUUUCAUGCUGAUGAGUUUUCCGUUUCAAAUUUUAUUUUUACUUGCUUUAUGAACCAGCGCAUUUGUAUCUGCCUGCACCUGUUGGAAUGUUAAGUGAAGUUGGUUUUAAUAAGACUGUUGCAUCUUCUAUGAGUUGUUUUGAUGUAAUAGAAGCAGUAAUUGAAAUUAAGAGAAACUGCAUUUUUGCUUGAA